CGUUCCCCAACACCAUUUCAAAAAACCCACCUCCCCCUCUUCUCCCGUCCUUCCUCCCAUGUCUUUCUCUCUAAUUAUCUAAGCCUCAACAACCCCAAAAAAAUUCAAAAUCACUGUCUCCUUUCUCAGAAAAAUCAAAUUUAAAAAAUUCAUCUCCCUCAGGCAGCUCACAGAUCUCAGAUCCCUGUUUCAUCAAUUAAUGCGUUACCGGAAACGUUUUUCUACCUGGAUCGAUUUUGAAAAAAAAAACAAGGGAUGGAGAGUUCGGAGUGCGUGAGAGUUGCCGUUAAUAUUCGGCCGUUGAUCACACCAGAGCUUCUAAUUGGUUGUACAGACAUCAUCACCGUUGUUCCUGGAGAGCCGCAGGUUCAAAUCGGCUCGCAUUCGUUCACUUAUGAUUAUGUAUACGGGAGUACCGCGUCACCUUCUUCAGAGAUUUUCAAUGAUUGCGUUGCUCCACUGGUUGAGGCACUUUUAAAUGGCUACAAUGCCACCGUCCUUGCCUAUGGCCAGACUGGUUCGGGGAAAACAUAUACAAUGGGGACCAAUUACUCUGGAGAAGGAAGUAAUAGUGGAAUUAUACCAAAAGUAAUGGAUAGUAUAUUUAAGAGAGUGGAGGCUGCUAAUGAAUCGUCAGAGUUUUUGAUACGGGUUUCAUUCAUCGAGAUAUUUAAGGAAGAGGUGUUCGAUUUGCUCGACCCCAAUUCGGCAGCUUUCUCUAAAGGUGAAUGGGUGAAUGCGGCAAAGCCUGCAGUGCCUUCUAGAGUUCCAAUUCAGAUAAGAGAAACAGCAAAUGGAGGGAUCACACUUGCUGGUGUUACUGAAGCAGAAGUUAGAAAUAAAGAGGAGAUGGCAUCUUAUUUGUCGCGAGGGUCUUUAUCUCGUGCAACUGGCAGUACUAACAUGAACAGUCAAUCUAGUCGCUCGCAUGCUAUAUUUACAAUUACCAUGGAGCAAAAGAAAAUUUCUUCCUGUCCAAUUGGAGUAAAUAAUGAUGAUAUCGGUGAUGACAUAUUAUGUGCAAAACUUCAUUUGGUUGACCUUGCUGGAUCAGAACGUGCGAAAAGAACAGGUGCAGAUGGCAUGCGUUUCAAAGAAGGCAUCCAUAUUAAUAAGGGUUUGCUGGCCCUUGGAAAUGUGAUAAGUGCACUGGGGGAUGAGAAAAAAAAGAAAGAAGGGGGCCAUGUUCCUUAUCGCGAUAGCAAGUUGACACGCUUGUUACAGGAUUCUUUGGGAGGAAACAGCAAAACAGUGAUGAUUGCAUGUGUUAGCCCUGCUGACACAAAUGCGGAGGAGACCUUGAAUACAUUGAAGUAUGCAAAUCGUGCUCGUAAUAUUCAGAACAAAGCAGUGGUCAAUCGUGAUCCAAUGGCUGCUCAAAUGCAGCAAAUGAGAGGCCAAAUUGAGCAAUUACAGGCUGAACUAUUAUUUUAUCGUGGUGAUGCAACCAUUCCAUUCGACAAGCUUCAGAUUCUCAAACACAAAGUGUCAUUGCUUGAAGUGAGUAAUGCUGAAUUACAACGGGAACUUCAAGAGAGACGACUCACCUGUGAACAUUUGAAUCAACGUGCUGUUGAUGCUCAGGUUGAAAAAGACAAAUUGAUAAUGCAAAUUGAAUCAGCUCGAAAUGGUAAAUCCUGGGAUGAGAUUGACUCCAGUAUAAAUCAGGAUUAUGAAUUGGUCAAAAUGUAUGUGUCAAAAAUUCAAGAGUUAGAAGGAGAGUUGUUGCAUUUGAAAAACUUGUCCUCCUCAAAGCGUAAUCAAUUUGUUGAUUAUCUCGACUCGGAUGAUGAAAGGUUCCGCUCAAAAGAUGCUUUACUCCAAUCUCUAAAUGAGCUUUCAUCCAAUUCUGACACAAAAGCAGCUGACAUUUCAGAUGAAAUUGAAGACGAGGAAAAAGAGCAAGAGCAUUCUUCUCUGCAAGAAAAAUUGGACAGGGAGCUGAAAGAAUUGGACAGAAAACUAGAACAAAAGGAGGCUGAAAUGAAGCGUUUUACAAGUGUGGAUACUUCAGUUCUUAAGCAGCAUUAUGAUAAAAAAGUUCAGGACUUAGAACAAGAAAAGAGGCUUUUGCAGAAAGAGAUUGAGGAAUUGAGAUACAAUCUUGCCAAUAUAUCAUCUACUUCUGAUGACGGUGCUAAAAAAUUAAAGGAAGACUAUCUUCAAAAGUUGACAGUCCUUGAGGCACAGGUUGCGGAGUUGAAGAAGAAACAAGAUGCUCAAGCUCAAUUAUUGAGACAAAAACAAAAGAGUGAUGAGGCUGCAAGACGACUAAAUGAGGAGAUUCAGAGAAUUAAGACUCAAAAGGUUCAACUUCAACAUAAGAUCAAACAAGAGUCUGAGCAAUUCAGGUUAUGGAAGGCAUCAAGGGAAAAGGAAGUUCUUCAGCUUAAGAAAGAGGGUAGGAGAAAUGAGUACGAGAUGCACAAGUUGUUAGCUUUGAAUCAGAGGCAGAAAAUGGUCCUACAAAGAAAGACAGAAGAAGCUGCCAUGGCUACAAAAAGGCUAAAAGAGCUUUUAGAAUCAAGAAAGAUGUCACGUGAAACUUUCGGUGUUGGAAAUGGCAAUGGCCCUGGAGUUCAGGCCCUAAUGCAGGCAAUUGAGCAUGAACUUGAAGUCACAUUACGGGUACAUGAAGUACGUUCUGAGUACGAGCAUCAAAUGCAAGUGAGAGCUAGAAUGGCCAAUGAAAUGGCAAAGUUAAAGGAAGAAGGAGAGAUACUAAAACAAACUAAUUCAAGUAUUUGCCCCCCAACAAUGUCUCCUGGAGCUAGAAAUUCGAGGAUUUUUGCUCUUGAAAACAUGCUUGCUGCUUCUUCUAGCACCUUGGUUUCCAUGGCAUCACAAUUGUCUGAAGCAGAAGAGCGUGAACGGGGCUUUAGUGGAAGGGGACGUUGGAAUCAUGUUCGGUCACUUGCUGAUGCAAAAAAUGUGAUGAAUUAUCUGUUCAAUAUAGCAUCCUCCACUAGGUGCUUGUUGCGAGAUAAAGAAGUUGCCUGUAGAGAAAAGGAUACGGAAAUAAGAGAUCUGAAGGAAAAAGUGGUGAAACUUAGUAGUCUAGCGAGGCAUCUUGAAAUCCAGAAGACAGAACUUAUUCAUCAAGUGAAGUCAGAGAGUUCAGCCUUGAAAAAAUACUCCAUCAAAAGUGAGGCCGGUUCUGAAGAAUAUAAGCGUGACAUGCAUAGACAGGCGCAACAGAGCACCCCCAUCAUAUUGGAUGAUAUGGAUACAUCUGAAUCAGAACAUUCAGAUAAUAAUAUGACAGAUGAUGAAUGGGUACAAUCAGAGAAAGAGGCGACAGAUGAUGAAUGGGUAAUGUCAGGGAAACGGCGAGGAAAGAAAAGAAAUUCCAAAACCAAAGGCCGUUCAAGUACAGGAGAUAUCCAUGAUCAAGAAAACUGCAAAUCAGAUUGUUCUGGUGAGGCAGCCACUACUGUUCAAGCAUGUUGUGCUUGUAGUAAAUACUCUUUAUGCAAGACAUCCAAGUGCCAAUGCCGAGCAUCUGGGGGUUUUUGUGGGAUAUCAUGUGGCUGUAUGCCAAAUAAAUGUUCUAAUAGAGGAGCUAUCGAGAUAAAUGAUUCGACACUUGGAUCUAAUGAAACAGAGAAGAAUCAGGUCCUUGUUUCUCAGGGUGCAAUGCUGCUACAAAGUGCCCUAGUUGAGAAGCCUGUGGAAACAAAUGACGAUAGUGUGGUUAGAAGGAAGCCUCUAUCAGACAUAGGCAAUACAGUGGCCAAAUCCAAUGCACCAAAGGCAAACCAGAGAAAGAAAUGGCGGAAAUCAGUAAUUCAGCUUGUUCCUGUUCCCCCACCCAGCACAAAAUCAGAAAACACUGAAGCCGCUCCCCAAAAGGCUGUGGGAUCAGCUGCAUCAAAUGGUGUAAGUGAAGCAGAUAGUAGUGUAAUUGAGGCAGAAAUUCCUUUGAAGCUGCCGAGGGCUAUGCAAUCAGCUGCACCAAAUGGUGGCAUCCUUUUGAGAGAGAGGAAUGCUGAUCAAGCAGAAGAAUCAGCAAAUAAGGAGGCUGUUGUGCUUCCUACAAGAAGCAGCCCCGCCCGCCCGAAAAGAAAAUCUGAUGAGAAAGAGAACUAUGGCCGCUAACUUCAGCUUGUAUACCAUUACCUCCACCAAAGAGCCAUUACACUAACCAUUAAGCUUAUUUUCUUUUUUGGCUGGAUUUGUUUGGGAAAAUGGAGUUGGAGAUGUGAUGUAACUCUGAGCAUGAUCAGUUGGUACUCGACUGUUUGCUCGGUUGUGCAGGAAGAUUGUGUAGUUGAUUUCUUUCUAGAAAUCAAACAGUACAGUUAGAUUAGGACUUCGUCAUAUCUGUCUCUCCAAUGUGGUGCUAGAUUCCUAAUUGUUUUGUACGAACUCUAUUGAUAUUGAUACGGAUGGAUUCUGUGGCCCA